CUUCUCAACGUUAGCACAUGAGUGGACCUGAAAAGAUGUCAUAGGCACUGAAAAAGCUAACAAAAAAAAAAAGCUUUCUGAAUUAUGCCUGUAUAAGUUAAAAAGCACAGAUGUUUGAAAGUAAUCAAAGAAAACUUCAAAGUAAAAGUGAAACUUGGCUUAUCCCUAUCUUUUAUGUUCUGACACAUCUUUAGGUAUUGUAUAAAAAACUUUUAACUGUAAAAGUGAAACUCUGUGCUCCUCAAUACUUUAUCUAUCACAUUUUGAAACAUUUAAGGGAGGAUUUGAUCGACCAAACUGGCAUAUACAACAGCUAGUUUGUAAACAGCCAUAGGCAAUCCAGCUGGACUGCAUUGCACAUUUGAAUGUGGUUGGUACAAAUUACAGUGAUUCCACAGAGUUAGAAAAUGCUCUAAAAAUUCCAGCUGUGAUUUAUCCCAGAAGGGUAUAGGUUGAUCAAAUAAUCCCCUAAAACAUUUUGAUUACAUUUGUGGGGUCAGUUUAGCAAUAGCUUGGCCGUUCCUUUUAUUGUGGUUCAAUUAUCAUAUUUUGACUGGCUUCCAGCCCCUGUUUUAUGGCACAAUAUAAUGUGUCUUUGUUUGUUUCUUCUACAUUAUGUGGGUGGUAGUCUACUUUAUACAUUGCUGUUUGUUCUGAGGUACAGUCACACUGCAUAGAGGCAUGCAACAAAUAAAUAAAUAAAUACAUCAGAUUGUUAAACAUUAACAUCCACAUGCGGUCAUUAUGUUUUCAGUUUAAAAUGCGUGACUGAUAAAUACUGUUGAUAUCACAGAGUUGGGCAUUUAACAUUAAGUUAACUUGAACAAAAGAAUUGAUUUUAGAAGAAAAUCUAAAAGAAAUGAAUACAUUACAGGGCCCUCAUAGAAAGGACAAUUUAGGUAGUUUCUGCUUUUAAAAGCUACACAGGUAGUAAAAAAGAGACUUAUACAUCAUGUAAAGAUUUAGUCCAGCUUAUUCAUCUGAACGUAUUCUUAGGGCAAUGGUCAGUGGCAAUGAUUGUCACUACAUUUUGCAUUGAAAACUGUCAUGUUGUGAAAAGUGGUAGAAACAGAUUCUAGUGUACUGAUUUGAAUACUUUCCAGAGUAAUAUAUACCAUUGUAGUUUUUUUUUUAACAUAGGAACGGGAUGGGUUAUUCAAGAAACGUGACCAAAUAUUGGUCGUAAUCUAUAUGCUGGUUGUUAUUGUGUUACAUCUAGGAUAAUUUUCACACUGUUUUGGAAUUUUCCCAUCAAUAAUGUAAUGCAAUUUAAAUAGCAUUUAAUACAAGCAGAAUUUUUUCUUAAAUCCAUGUUUUGCUUAAAAAAAAUCCAGUUUUAAACAUUACAGCCUAUUGCAUAAAUUAGUAGUCUGGUCAAUCAACAACCUCAUUUUAAAAAAUACUCUAUAAGUAUUAUUAGUUGAAGAGUUUGUUAAUACAGUAUUAAACAAGUCUAGCAAGUUAUGUAAUGAUUCCUAAUUUUAAAAAAAAAACUAAAGAAAAACAAAUUUAAAAAAGUGGUACUGCAGAGAUGAUCUUGUGAAUACACCAAGGUAUUCAGCUCAGUGGUGAAUCUGUAAAAGCUUUCUGGUACACUGUGCUGAAAAAAGAAAGUUUUAAUUUUAGACUCAAAGUUGCGCCACAAAUUGCCUUGAGUUACCAUGCCAGGCUUUGCCACUUAGAGGUAGAUGUAAGUAUAGGCACAGUGCAAAUAAUUACGGAUGCAAAAUUCAAAUUGCAUUGUGGCCAGGCAAUUAUUUUGCACUGCUCCCUAUGUAAGCUUAAGAGCAGUGCAACUUACUCAACACGGGUCUCAAUGAGCGCUUCGGUCUAUUUAGCGGACGCACUUGCAGCCCAGAGGUGCCGGAGUUAGGAGUACAGGCGCUGUAUGACAUUUGUGGAGCACGAAAAUACAAACUAAAAAAAAAAAAAAAUGUCAAAAUAAGGGCAGCAAAGUCCUCUUGGCUCAUGGAAAAGAAAAUACAAGUUUUCUGAGAAGGAGCUGAGAGUCCUUACAGCUGAGGUCACUCAGCAUGAGUCGUCUGGAAAAGCCUCAGAAAACAUCAGUUAUGCUAGUAUCCUUAGGCAAUUAUAUGUAUUGGCCUGCCCUUUUCAGCAUGACAUACAGAAAUUUGCCUAGCACUGGAAAAUGUGGAUUGGGCUAUCCCUUCAGACAUUCCAACUGUGGUUUGAAAGGAACCAGAGGCUAAGUAGUGCAGAGAACACAGCACUUUCACAUGUGCAGGGAUAGAGGCCCCUAGAUUGACGCUGGGGUCUAGCUCAUCUCUCAAUUCAGAUAUUAGGUCUAGGAUGACCUGCAGAGUGAGACGAUAAUGCUUUAGCACCGCAUCCUCCGACUUCCCAAACAAAGUGACUCUGGGAUUGAAUAUGCAGGGUCUUCUAUGACUUGCCCUUCUCCUCUGAACAUGUUCCUGCCUGUCCUCAACAAGAGUCAAGUGUCUUCGCAUCAGGAAGUGUACCACAGCAGCCACCCUGAAGCCAAUGACAGGUCUCUGCAGGUAAAUCAAAGGCCCAGAAGACACAAUGACUGCUACGAGUGCCCUAAAGGAGAGUUCUGGUGAGGAAAAUACCACAAGAAGAUGCAGAAAGAACCCGUUUUACAGUAUAAAGUUUUUCUUGUUCUGUCAUGGGCUACUUCAGCUUGCUCAGCUACUGGUCUCUGGAUAUCUCAAAAGCACCAUUUCAACUAUUGAGAAAAGAUAUGGACUCUCCAGCCAAACCUCAGGAAUGCUGACUUCUUUUAAUGAGGUUGGCAACACUGUACUGAUAGUGUUUGUCAGUUUCUUUGGCAGCAGAGUACACAGACCUCGCUUCAUUGGAAUAGGAGCAUUGAUUGCCAGCUUGGCUGGAUUCCUGAUGGCCUCAGCACACCUAAUAACUAGCCCCUAUGAAUAUGAUCACUCUAUUGCAAAUCAUCAGGAUAACAACACUGAUAUAUGCCAGUUGAGUCCAUUGACCUCACAGUUCAGUAUGAAGCCUUCGGAAGACAAUGCCCAUGAGCACAAGAGCAUCCUGGCCCUCAUGUUUAUCGGUCAGCUCUUGUUAGGAAUUGGUGGAGUGCCUAUCCAACCGUUUGGAAUCUCCUACAUUGAUGACUAUGCCAGUGAAAGGAAUUCUCCACUGUAUAUUGGUCUGUUGUUUGCCAUAACCACCACUGGACCAGCUCUGGCAUUUAUGUUGGGAUCUGCCAUGUUGCGCUUCUAUGUAGAUAUAGACAAGGUUUCUCGUGACAGCAUUGACAUAACUACUAGUGAUCCCCGUUGGGUGGGAGCUUGGUGGCUUGGUUUCCUAGUUUCUGCCAGUUUUCUUGCAGUUACUUGCAUUCCUUAUUUCUUCUUCCCAAGAGAGAUGCCAAAAGAGGGAAAUGAAUUGAGAACAUCUGAAAAUAAAACAAAGAAAGGACUAAUGAAAGAUGGGAAAACUAAGGCAGAUUUACUAAAAGACCUCACUCUGUUGGAAUUCAUCAAAAGUUUCCCUAGAAUUUUGCUGAGGACCUUGAGGAGCCCCAUUUUUCUACUGGUGGUAUUGGCUGAAGUUAAUUUGUCUGCUAUGGUUGCUGGACUAGCUACAUUCAUGGCCAAGUUUCUGGAAAGGCAAUUUACUGUCACAGCAUCUUUUGCAAACUUAUUGAUUGGAGGUGUAAAUAUCCCCAUAGCUGUUGUGGGAAUUGUCACUGGUGGUGCAAUCAUGAAGAGGCUGCAUAUGUCACUGAAGCGCGCAGCUUUGAUGAGUACAGUUUCACUUUUUAUCUGCGUUUUGUUGGCCACCCCUUUGCUCUUCAUUGGAUGCUCCACUCAGAAAGUUGCUGGACUCAAUACUGAAUAUUCAAAUGGGUAUCUUGAUAAUAAUACACCAGAAUGCAUCAGUAGUUGUUCUUGCCGGACGGAGGCUUUCAAUCCUGUGUGUGGUUCAGACGGAGUUGAGUACAGUUCUCCAUGUCAUGCUGGCUGUAGAAACGUUACCCUUGAAACUAUGGAGAAGACCAAGGAACCAAAAGUCUUGACCUACACAGACUGCAGUUGCAUCUCUACAGAUCCUUCCAAUGCCACUGCUGCUCCAGGCCAAUGUGGCAGCAGCUGCUCCCACCUUCUCUUACCCUUUAUGGUGUUAUCAGCCUUGGCAGGCUUCGUUGCGUCUUUCUCACACACUCCCUCCUUUAUAAUGGUAUUACGGUCAGUUCCCCGAGAAGACAAAUCCCUCGCAUUGGGAAUUCAGUUCAUGAUACUGAGAGUUCUUGCUUGGAUGCCAGGGCCGGUUCUGUUUGGCAGCGCUAUUGACACGGCAUGUAUUUCAUGGGAGACCAAAUAUAACAAGACGGCUUCCUGCAGAUAUUAUGACAAUGAUCUUUUCAGACAAAGAUACCUCGGCCUGCAGCUCCUGUUCGAAUGUGGUGCCUUCUUCUGUUUUCUGAUGGUUUUCAUAAUCCUGUCAAAGCUGGAGACAGAACGAGAGGGGAAGAAAAAUCCUGAAAUGUGUAAAGUCACUGAGCAGCUGGUUCUGGACAAAUCCAGUAACUCCUCUGUGUGAUGAAAUCUUACAGCAGAAAACAGUUGGAAUUUAAGAAUGAUUUAAUUUCUCUGAAGCCAACCAGCCCAAAAUAAUAGAACAGAAAAAAUUGUUUUGGAUGGCUGUGUAUCUUAUUGAACUAUUGGAUCAUUGUGUCUGAACCAGGACUUGCAACCCUGAAGAAUUGCCUAUGAACAACUUAAGCAAGUGCAUUUAAAAAGGCAUUUGGGAAGAGCAUGAAAUUAGGUCAUAUUUUUAUGCUUCACUAUUAUGUUUAAAAAUAACUAAAAACGGGUAAGGCUAUGUGGUCCAGUGGUUAAAGAAAAGGGUUUGUAACCAGGAGGUCCCCAGUUCAAAUCCCACCUCAGCCACUUAACCACCUUGUACUCUGUCUUUCGGGUGAGAUGUAAUUGUAAGUGACUCUGCAGCUGAUGCAUUGUUCACACACCUUAGUCUAUGUAAGUCGCCUUGGAUGAAGACAACUGCUAAAUAAAAUAAUAAUAAUAAAGCAGUAGCUUUGACACCAUAUUCAAGUGCAAUGCUUUUUUGAGGUUCAAAUGUAUUAAAAAAUCUACUUCCUAAUUGAAACAAGUCAGGUAACUACGUGACAUGAACAGGAUAAGCAAAUAUGGUGUUUAUUCCAGUUUUAACUCCUGUUUUUUGAAAGGAGAAAUGUAUUUUUUUCUACAGCCUUACUUAUAUAAAGUAUAGUGUUAUUAAUAGAAGCUUUGGCAUUUUUUUCAAUUUUAAUCUAAAUCAUGGCUGCUCUUGGUUCAACAAUCAAGAUACAGACAGCAUAUAUCUCUCUUUGCUGGUAUGUAGCUCUAAUGGGAUGCUCUCUGCAUUGCAGACGUUUCUGAAAUGGAAUGUUGCUGGUGAUAUUCUUCCACAAAUAUAUCGCUGUGCUUUAAUAAGACUGGGGAAUGAGACGGAUAUAUCAACAAAUACUGUGCAUGUUUUGCCUGUUUACACAUUGGGCUGUAUAUGUGUCUGCAUAGAUGAAUGAAAGUUAAAUAUGAAUGAACUAUAAUUAAGCACACCUAAAUGUAGAGUAUAUUUUUAUUAGUAUAUUUUUUGCAGUUUAUUUGCUUUUUAUACACUGUGACAUAAAUUAACUCUUUAUUACUGUAGCACAUGGUUUUAUGUUUUAGGAUGACAUUGAUUUAAUGGAAAAUUGUCUGUCAUCAUAUGGUCAAAUGGUGUGUACUAGGACCUCAUCAUUUGGCGAGUUAUUGAUUAGCAUCAGGACAGUGUCACUACAAGAAGAGUGCUGCUAAUGCUGUGAAACAUAUAUUAACCUGAGCAUUUAAGGGCACUAUCUAUCAAGACUUGCUGAGCCAGCUGACCCUGAUGAAGAUAUCGUAUCUAUGCACCUUUAAAGCUGAAUUUUAUAUGCUUUAAGAUGAAUACCUGAGUUUCUAAACAAUUAGUUUCAACUGAUGUGUAUCAGAACCCAGGUUCUCAUUGAUAUAAUCUGAAGUUUUCAAUCCCUUCCAUAUAUAUUCCUUUUCAUUGAUAUUAUUGAUAUAGUCUCGAGUUGAUCGUCAUCUGUUUUAGUAGAUGCCUGCUGCAGUGGUCCCCUACAAGCUAUGACGUGUGGUGGUUGUGCUAGCCAGGUUUCAUUACUUAUGGUUAAUAGUCUUUCUGCAGCAUGAAGUGAUUUAUACCAGUCACAUAGUUUCAAAACAAAAUUCUUUUAAGUGCUUUUCCAUGUAUCCCUCAGGCAUAAAAGGUUCAGCUUAGUGGACAGACGUAGAUACUUCGUUAAGGAUAUAUGCUGUACAAUAUUUUACAAAUAUAUUUGAAUGCUUUCAGAUUUAAGCAAAUUCCCCUUAGGGAAUUAAAUCAGGGCACAACACAUUUUUAACAUCUGAAACGUUUUCAGAAUGUCUGUAUUCAAUUCUGUGGUGGCUCUUAUCAUGUUAGGUAACAACCAAAGAUUUUGGACUAAAAGCUAUACCUGCCUUUUAUAGUUUUUUUUUCUUUCUUUUUGUUUCUAGUCAUUAUGACUAGUUCUGAGUUCUGUUGCUCUAAUUUCGGGAUUUAUAUUGUUCUCUCUUGUUCAAUCUGACAGCCAUCUUGCUUGCUUUUUGGCAAAUAUUUGUUGCUUCCAGGUCCUUCAUAAAUGAUGUGAUAUUGUGGCUUUUCAACUCUGUGUCUAUGAUAUACCACACGGUGGUAUUCACUGGGGGCUUUCUGUAUUUCUAGGGAAGAGGUUUAGUCCAUUAUGUUAACCCUAUUGGCUAACCAGUACUUUAUAGACCAAGCCCACCUUUCACAAAAUAUUCUGCUCCUCCCAACCACCUCCUUUGCAACUCCUUUCUGGGGGUCACCUGGCAUUGUUUGACCUCAAUUGAGGGAAUCUCUGUCAGAUAGUGAGAUUCUGGUCCAAACAGUCUAAUCAUCCCGCAAUACGUUUUAUACUGUAUCUAGCAAUGCUGUUUCUUAAUCUUUCAUUUAAUUAGUUUUGUACAUUAAAAAUAUGGUGGCCAGUAUUUACAUACUAAAAUUUAAAUGAGAAAGUAAAAAUGAGAAGAAUGCCACAUCAAGAAAAUAUUUUAAAACUUCGAGAAACAGUAAAGGUUAAAAAAUACACACAUAUAUGGAAAUCAUUCAGGUUACCACAAUAAGUAUUUUCAAAACUAACUAGACUAAUGUUAGUAGUACUUUUCGAAUAAGCUUUUUUGUUUUCCAAAUGUAAUGCUGAGAGUUUAGAUUGUGUUUGGUAUGUAUUAUUAAUGUAAACAGACAAAGGAAAUGUCCCUCUAAAUCACUACUCCCUUAUUCGGAUAUCUUUUUUCAUCCUCAGACUCAAGCUACAUAUCUACCGGAAUCUAUGCUGAUUGGUCAAAGCUUUGUCUACUGUAACUGAAUCUUACAGCUGUAAAUACUUUUAGUAUUAAUAGUUAUAAAACAACCUAGAAAUUGUUUAGUAUGAAAGUAAAGAAAUAGCAUUAAACAUUGAACUGUUUAUUUGGGUAUAACAGUAGGAACACAUUAAGCUGUACUUACUGUAUAUAUUGUAUGUUGUAUUUGCUUUUGUAAUAACCCUAGAAAAAUGUGUUUUGUCAUUCUCUUUUAAAUUUCAAACACUGAUCUGUUAGUUCUUUGCAUGAAAUGAAUCACAGUUCCCAACUACGGUAACUGUGUUCCCCUGUGAGGAUGUAAGAACAAUUACUGGCAGUUAAUCACUGGAAGGAUAAUCCACUUCUGGAAAAUGAAUGUGAAGUGUAUUUUUUUUACCUAUUGUUUGAGCCAUUGUAUAUUUUUCACUGUUUUCUUGUUUAAUAAUAAAAAAGUGCACACGUAUAUUAACAGUCAUAAAAGUAAUAAUACUAAUAAUAAAAAGAUAAGAAAUAUUA